AUGGCUUCUAGCUCCGGUAGAAAAGCGCUCAAGAGGAUCGAUUCCAAGCUAAAACUAUCCAACAUCGAACUCAAAUCCAGAGUGGAACGUUUGCAAAAACAAGUAGGCGAAUUAGAGGUGGAGAUUGGUUCGUUGGAACGGGACGGUGUAACGGGGGAUUUGCGACCGCAAAUGGAAGCUUUGCACGAUUACAACGAAACGAAGGACCUGGCCCAAACGAUUUUAGGACGUUUGGCCGAAGUCGAAGGGAUCACCAUAAAGGAAUUGCACCUCCGUUACGAGCUGCCCACGGACGAAUAA